CAUUCUCAUCUGGUUGCUGGUGGAAGCGAUCGUUGAGGAUUUUAUUUUUGAUUAUUUUGGCUUUAUUGUUUGAUUUGUCAAAUUGUUGAUUGUUAAAUAACGAGCUCUGACCAUAUCAUUGUAGGAUUACUAUGUCGGUGAUGGAAUUCCUGAAGGAUCUACCGUCGUACGACGAGCAUAACUUCACAUUAUUCAAUACGGACCAUGGGAUUAGAAAUUGUUCGAAAAGACCGUCAAUAUAUUUACCAACUAAGGAUAUACCGUCUGAGCAAAUAAUUGUAACAGAAAAGACAAAUAUACUGUUAAGGUAUCUUCAUCAGCAAUGGGAGAAAAAGAACAACAAUUCACCAAAAAAACGUGACCAGAGCCACAUCGAACAGAAUGGCGACGAUAGUCGACCUCGCAAGAGGCCUUGUCUAAACUCUCCAUUAAACUGAAGACCGGCAAACAAGGCAGCCAGUUAGUUUGUGCUUCAGUUAUAGACUUUCAAGUGUAUGGCAUUUUUGUAACAUUUGUAUUCCACAUCUUAGGUCAAAUUAUACAUUGAUUCUCAAUGUAUUGGUCCCAUGUCUUCUGAGAAAACUACAUCCAACAGUCAAGUGCCAUUACAAGGAUCUUUGAACUAAUUUGUUCUCACAUGUGGCUGUAAGUUAUUUAUAUUUCAGUGGAUAUUGAAUAUUGAAAAUCAAAGUAUGAAUUAUAUUCAUUCCAUGUUCUAUUCAUAAGUUUUUUUUUUUAACUCAACAAAUAUCUCUUUGGAGGUUUCAUAUCUUUGAAUCUAAAUUCAUCUGAUAGUAUAAAUAAUUUUAAUAUUCUAAAAUUAAGAAUGUGUUCAGUAAUUUUAGUGCCUCAGUAAUAUUCUUGAGUUAAUGCAAUAUUGAUUGAAACUACAUUUGUUACUGUAGCAUUAUAAUUUUUGAAAUUUAUUUUAUUGCAGAUGUGCUAAAUAAUUGGUUGUUGUUUUGACUAUUGUUUUUUUUAAAUGAAAGCAGUAUAAUGGUAAACCUAUUUGCAUACUGUGUCAAUGAGUAGUUCUCAUUAGGUAGGCACAAGUUAACAAAGGCCGAAAAUUAUUGUUGUUGGAGUACAUGAAUGUACUGUGCCAUGCAUCAGGCAGAGGUUCAUGAAAGAAGUCUUAUUAGAUGUUUAAGGCACUAAAUAUAUACUUUAUAAUGACAACUGAAUUAAUUUGCGUAUUUUGAAAGCAGUACUGCAAACAUUAAUUUUGAUGCUAUUUAUGAUAACAUAAAAAGUAUAUUAUUAUUAUGUAUUAAUUGCAAUUUAUUGGUCUGAAAUAGAUUGUACGGUAAAAUGGGGUGAAUAGGGAUUGAGUGGCGAAGAGGGACAGAAGAGGGGUGAAUCGAUACUAUGAAGACCUUAUAUCCCUAUUCACCCCAUUUUACGGUACUGUGUAAUAUUGAUAACUCAAUUUUCAAAACACCAAUAUUUUGUUUUAGUGAUGUGUAAAUUCGAAUUUCAAUGGAGUUAGAACUUAUUCUCAUAACUUUUAUCAAUAAUAUUAUUGAUAUUCUAUAUUAUAAUGAUUUUUUUCACCAUUUUGAGUUAUCAAUACUUCACAAAGCUGUGGAAUAGGCGAUUGUGAUUUUAAUUUAGUAGUAUCAAAUAUUCAGUGAAUGAGUGCACAUGCUAGAAUAAAAUGUGAUUGCUGUUGUAAUAGUAAACACCAAUUACUGUACAUCCCAUAUUAGUAUACUAUCCACAUUAGCUAGUAAAUAUGUUUGUCAAGUGCUACCAGCCUUAUAUUUAGCAAUUAAACCUUUUUGGCAAUAAAUGUACGUAGUUUAUAGAAACAACAAUUAUAAUUGCAUGACAGUGGAUUUUAUUGUAUACUUUCUUUGGGCCCAGCUUGCAGAAAGAUAGCUGUGUUAUUCAUAAUUUACUAGAAACAGAUGAAUAAAGUUUUAAUUAUGAUAA